AUGGGUAUAGCAGACUGUUAUCCCGAGGAAAAACUGCCGCAGUGCUGGUCCGAUGACGUGCGUAUGAACGCUCUAUUUGCCCCGUUCCGUCUGAAGUCCGCCAACCCCGAGUCCUGGGAGAUGAAGAUGAAGUUCUGGUCGGACAUGGUGCGCCAGUGGUGUCGGUUCAAAAUGGACCCUAUAGUUUCCGCGGGGGAUGUAAAGUGCGUGUUCCAGAGGCGUGGAAGAACCGCUGCGUGUCUUGAUAUCGUCAUAGAGGAGAUGUUUAGGAGUGGAGAACUAUCACCAAUAUCAAAAUACCAACAAAUAUUACACAAUGGUCCUGAGGGCUGGGUGAAAUGGGGCGCUCGUCUCGCAUUCAAGCCCGCAGCCUUGGCACUGACAGCUGUUACAUCACUUCUACCCGCCAGACAGGCUAUGGACGCUAAUGGCCUACCUAAAGCCAGUAUAGAUUCCACACAACGUUUUGUUCUGGAAAGCGCAGUUAAAGACCAAGCCAUAGAGUUCCUUAACAACUUUCCACCAGGGGAGGAUCGUAUAGGCACCAUAGAGGAGCUGAUGAGAACCAGUAAUUACACCAACCGUGAGGUUUGCGAGAUACUUCUUGGCUACCUAGUCUCACAGGGUAUGGCUGUCAAACAGGGGGACGUAGUAAAGCUAGCGGAACCUAACAAAAAAGUCGCGCCAGUAACGGAGUUAGACGAGGCGCUAGUUAAACUCAUGUCGACGGAAACGCGACUGUCGGGAGAAAUGGCGCGACUGACGCGCGAGGUCGCGUCAGCUGAUGUGGAAGUGAGAGCAGCUAUGAAAUUAGGCAACAAACUUGUUGCAAAGAACCAUCUCCGCAAGAAACUAAAAGCACAACAGCGUCUCGACAGAUGCGAGGGAGCCCUUGAGAAUAUUCGAGAGCUUGUCCUCCAAGCUAAGAAUACAGACUUUAAUACUACAGUGGUUGACACAUACCGAACAAGCGCCCAGGCUAUGAAGCGUACGAUGAAAGAAGGCGGUCUGGAAGAAGACGAGGUCUACAACACCAUGGAUAAUUUGAAAGAGGUCAUGGAAAGCUACAGUGAAGUAGAGAAAGCACUCGGGGGAACACUUGAUGAGCUGGAUACAACAGAACUAGAGCAGGAGUUGAAUGACCUGCUAGCUGGCACCGGCGGUACCGGAGGUACUCCUGGCAAAGAAGAGAAGAGCAGAGUUGGCCAAAAACUGCCAUCUCCACCAGGCGCAACUACAAGAAGACCUGGACGGAAGAUCGAUAGAGAUUUCGUAUUUGAUGGUGAAGAACGGAUGCUAGCGGACUUGAACGAGCUGGGUACGGGUGGAGUCGCCGAUGAAGCAGCGAAGAAGAUUGCCGUAGCUGAGGCUGUAGAAGAAGCAGAACCGCAGAUCAAUCCGAAGAAGAAAGAGAAGCCAACAAAAGACUGGGACCCAACGACCAAUCAGAGCGUUUCCGACACAUGGAGUAAUAAAUUAGAUACCCUGGCUGAGAACUAUGGGGAACUUCGGAAAGAUAACAGACUGCAUCCAGGUCAACCCCUGGAUGUAGACUUCACUACCCCCCCACAGCACUACAACGCUGAGUUUCAAGUUCAGGACCACAAGUCAGCAAACGGGAUAUGGCUUUUCAACAGCAAAGAUGGAGAAAACCUCACCCCGAGCACGGAAUACAGCAGCUCCGAAAGUCCCGGAAAAUCUUCAUGCAGCAACUUCCAAAUGGCGCCUGGCGGUGAACGCAGGAAACCAGAUCCUUGGCCCAAGGAUGACAACUUGGAUGACCUUGAAAGGAGAUUAAAGAACCUCAGAGGGUUCAACUUAUAGGUACAGCGUGUAAAUAUUUAGUUUUAGGUUAGAAAAUUGUCCCUUUAAACUCUUUGAAUACAUGAUUGCCUGGUACUUUAUCUCCUCUUUUACCAGGGAAUCAUGUAUUCAAAGAGUUUAUGUAUGGAGCUGCUUCCACAUAAAAAUCUGUAAAUAUUACAUAGUAAGGUCUAGGUACCAGGGUCCUAUUAAAUUAAAGAGGGUUUCUGCGUUAUGCACGUUUGCGGCCCGCCGACCUACAUUGAAAAAGCGUGGUGGGCGAAGGCUCUAAUUCCUUCGCUGCUUUAAUAGAGGGGUUUUGGGCUUUUGCCCAGCGCUGGGACAUAAAUAGUUUGACGAUAACAAGGAUAACGACAUUUCUCAGGUACCAGGCUAUCAUGAAUUCGAAGAGGUAUUUAAACUUUAUCCCUAUAUCAAACUUUGACCAGUUACAAGCGACUCGAAUGAAAGAGUUUAUAUAAGCUCUGACAUUACGACAAAGUCUCACAGUGAUUGCGAACGCACAGUGUAGGUUUCACAAAUCAUAUUGUAGAAAGGAGACUGUGCGUUAGGUAUAGACUUCUGUGUAGAACUUUUUAAGUAUAGAUCAUAAUAAAGUCCGAUCGUUGAAAUAAUGCGUUUUUAAAUCGGAUGGACGAUGUAACUUUGAAGUGGCGUUGAAAUUCGAUAUAAUUUGUUUAAUUGUUAAGUAUCCCUGAUGAAUAAUCACUAAUAACUAAAUCAUUGUUAUCUUUUCUGAUAAUGCUAUAAUUUUGUACAAAUAAUAGAAAUAAAUAAAAAAAAUAUCAUAUUGCGUGGUUAUGUCACCUGUUUAUUACGUCACGAACGCUUUCUUCCAGCGGCCGCACUGAAUUGUUCCUAAAAAGGCCGUGUGACGUCAUAAAUCGAUGGAUUUUUAUACCUAAAAACAUUUUCAUUUCAAUGAAAACCACAAAAAAUAAACUAAAAAAAU